AUGUUAUUCGCCGAUGAUAUAGUGUUGGUUGCAGAAUCUAGCAAGGAGGCUAAUACCAAAUUAGAUGAGUGGAGGGCGGUAUUAGAAAGCACAGGGCUCCAUAUUAGUCGUACAAAAACCGAAUAUUUGAGAUGCAAUUUCAGUGGCAAAGAGCAAGAUGAUAGCCAAGAGGUGACCAUUGAAGAAGAUGCAGUUACUAAGACGAGCAAGUUCAAGUAUUUAGGAUUUGUUAUCCAGAGUAAUUGGAAGAUUGAUAGAGAUGUAACACACCGUAUACAACGGGUUAGCUUAAAUGGCGAGCGGCCACCGGAGUGCUCUAUGAUAAGAAGUUCCCGGCUAGACAGAAAGGUAAAUUCUACAAAGUUGCCAUUAGGCCAGCAUUGUUGUAUGGGUGAAAGUGUUGGCCCGUAA